AUGACUAAAGAUAAUAGUAGUAGUAGUUGUAGAAAUAAUAGUUGUAGCAGUAGUUAUAUGACACAUUUAGAGUGUAGUCGUUGUAGUCAUAUAGAGGAUUGUAACAAUCCGCUACUAGUAAGAUACGAUUUGGAAAGAGUUGCAAAACUAUUGACAAAGGAGAUGAUUUCAAGUAGAGAAGCUUCGUUAUGGAGAUACAGAGAACUAUUGCCAUUACAAGACAUGGCCUAUAAAGUAUCAAUGGGUGAAGGAAUGUCUCCACUCUGGAAAGUAAAUUCAUCUUCUUCAUACCCUUCCUCAUCUUUACAUUCUGAAGCACCUCGUGCAAAUGCAAAUGGUGGUAGUUAUAAUAAUAAUAAUAGUGAUGGAUCAAUAGUUUCAUCAUCAUCAUCAUACUUGAAUAUGACAUCACUGUGGAUAAAAGAUGAAAGUCAAAUGCCAACUGGUACAUUUAAAAGUAGAGGUUCAUCAGUUGCUAUAUCAAGAGCAAAAGAGUUGGGUUUGAAAACUGUUUGUCUACCAAGCAAUGGAAAUGCAGGUGGUGCAUGGGCAUGUUAUGGUGCACGUGCAAGAAUGAACGUGGUACUUGCUAUUCCCAAAGAUGCCACUUGUAUGGCAAAAGAAGAAGCAAUGAUAUAUGGUGCAUCGGUGUAUCUAGUAGAUGGAAUGAUCACAGAUUGUGGUAGAAUCAUAAAUGACUAUGUCAAAAGAGAAAACCGAGCCGGUGGCACCAGUUUUGAAGUAUCAACACUAAAAGAACCGUAUCGAGUGGAAGGCAAGAAAACAAUGGGUUAUGAAAUAGCUGAACAAUUAGGUUGGCAAUUCCCAGAUGCUAUAGUAUAUCCUACAGGUGGAGGUGUUGGGAUAAUAGCAAUUUAUAAAGCAUUUCAAGAAUUAUUAGAUUUAGGAUGGGUUCAUUCACCAAUGCCAAAAUUUAUAUCAAUACAAUCAAAUGGAUGCUCACCACUUAAAAAGGCAUUUGACAAUGGACAAGAUCGUUGUGAAGUAUUUGAAAAUGCAAGUACCAUAGCUGUCGGAAUGAGAGUACCAAAAAGUUUUGGUGAUUUUAUGAUAAUAGAUAUAUGUAAAAAGACAAAUGGUGGAUUUUUGACGGUUAGUGAUACAGAGAUUUUAAAUAUGUAUAAAGAGUUUCCAAGGAGAGAAGGAGCCUUUUUAUGUUUGGAAGGUGCAGCGGCUAUGGUUGGUGUUGAAAAGGCACUAGAGUGUAAUAUGAUUGGGUGUAAUGACAGAGUCAUUUGUAUUAAUACUGGAACUGGUCUAAAGACACCAACCAUUUUCAAUCAUUCCUCCAUCAUUAACCAAUUACCAAUUCUAGAUAAGAAAUUUGGUUCAAUUGAUAUUAUUAAUGAUGGAGGUGACACCAACAAGAUUAAUAAUAAUAAUAAUAAUAGUAGUAAUGGUUGUCAUGGUAGUAGUAAUGGAAAUGGACAUAAUGGUCACGGCCAUCAAUAA